GUUCAUGCAGCAGUUAAAAAGGACUGUAGGGUCCCCAUCUGGUUUAGUCAUAUCAACUGAUGCAUGCAAAGGCUUGGAGACUGCUGUCAGUGCUGUCUUCCCUCAAGCAGAGAACAGAGAAUGCAUGAGACAUCUAUAUGGGAAUUUUCUUAAGCAGUAUCAAGGUGAUGUUUUCACUGAGCAUCUAUAUCCAGCAGCAAGAGCUUACACUGAAUGGCUCUUCAAAUGGCACAUGGAGAAGAUAUUUCGAGCUGCCCUAGAUGCAAUUGCCUACCUGGAACAACACCACAACAGGCUGUGGUACAGAUGUGGGUUUUCUGAAGAAAGCAAAUGUGAUUAUCUUACAAACAAUGUCUCAGAGAGUUUCAACAGCCAGAUUAGGCACAUGAAGUGCCUAUUGCUGCAUGAGCUAGUUGAUGGCAUAAGGGAGUUCAUAAUGGAGAAGAGGUACCUAAGAAAGCAGAUAGCAAACAAGAUGGCUGAAGGGAUCUUGCCAAAUGUGCUAAAGGAGCUCCAUCAAGUCAGCAGAAAUCUCAGGGUUGUGAAGGUUGCAAGAAGUGAUGAAGACUGUGCAGAAGUUACUUUAGUAGAUGCCUACAACAACACUAGAAGGCAGACAGUGGACCUCAAGAACCAGAAAUGCUCUUGCAGAGUUUGGCAGGUGACUGGAAAACCAUGUCAGCAUGCCCUGGCCUGGAUUUUGUCUAACAGAGGUGUACAAAUCUCUGAUUUUGUACAUGAGUACUACUCUGUGGCUAUGUUCAAGGCAGCCUAUGAAGGCAGGGUCACUACAAUGCCAGAUAGGUCCCAAUGGCCUGUAGUGGAUCUUGGUUUCCAAGUUUGGCCACCACUGCAGAAAAGAGCACCUGGUAGGCCUAAGGUUCAGAGAAUCAGAGGAGCCCUUGAGAAAGGGCCCAAAAAGAAGGUUAGAUGCUCUAGAUGCAAAGGCUAUGGACACUUUGCCAAGACUUGCAAGCUUGCAGAACCAGCAGAACCAGCACAAGAUGUUACUCCACAAACACCAAGCAAAAGGAAGAGGCAGCCACAAGAUGAAGGCCCUUCUGUUCAACACAAUAAGAAGAAGAAGUCACCAAAGAAGAAGAAGACUCCUAAGAAGAAGAAGACUCCAAAGAAGAAGAAGCAGGCACAAGCAGCAGCUGCUCCACCUCCUAUAGCUGUUAGAAGCCUGAGAGAUUCGCUGGGCAUGUAAUAUGCUGUUGCUGUC